AUGGUCUCCCCGGCGAUUGCGCUGGCGUUCAUCCCUUUCGUGGUGACGCUGCUCAUCCGCUACCGGCACUACUUCUGCCUCUUUUACCGGGCAGUGCUGGUGCGGCGGCUGCGAGAUUACCUGACGGGAAUCCCCAAGGAAGAGAGGGCCUUCCAGUACGUCUUGACCCACACCAUCCCGGGAGACCCCCAGCACAUCUUGGAGACCUUUGACCACUGGAGCUACCACUGCGAGUAUCUCAGCAACCUGGGGCCCCAGAAAGCCAAGAUCCUGGAGCGGCUGAUAUAUGAGAAGGCCCCCCUCAGAGUCUUGGAGCUGGGCACCUACUGCGGAUACGCCACCAUCCUCAUCGCGCAGCUGUUGCCGCUGGGCGCCCGGCUGUACACCGUGGAGAUGGACGACCGCAAAGCGGCCGUGGCCGAGAAGGUCAUCCGCCUCGCUGGCUUCGACGAUGACACCGUGGAGCUCAUCCGGGGACCCUCGCAGGAAGUCAUCCCCCAGCUCAAGGAGAAAUACGGGCUCAGCCACGUGGACUUCGUCUUCAUGGACCACUGGAAGCGCUGCUACCUGAGGGACCUGCAGCUUCUGGAGGCUCACGACCUUCUCCUGGAAGGGGCCACCGUCGUGGCCGACAACAUCAUCUUCCCCGGCGCGCCUCAUUUCAUGCAGUACGUCAAGGCCUGUGGCAAGUACAAGUGGAGGAUCCACAGGACCAGUUUGCAGUACUUCCGGGCCAUUCCCGACGGCAUGGCCCAGCUCACCUGGACGGGUCUGCAGUGAUGGGAGAGGUCACUGUUAUAGG